CCGCUGAUAUCGAAUUUGCUUUUGAUCUAUAAUUCAUGGGCUAAAUAAAGAAGCAACCGCAAGCUCAUGAACUGUUCGAUUCCAUUAUUGAACUAAUAGACUUGAAAUGCUGUGAUUAGGAAAAAUUUGCUGUUGAAGGAAAGCUGUCGCCUUUAAUUUUAAAUUUAUAGCGCUUUGCUUUAAACUUCAUGCUGGCUGUUUUGAAAUUCAGAUGGUGAGUUUAUUGAGGAAUAUUUUUAAAAGAUGUCUGAAGUAUCUACAAGCGACCGUUUUGGCAACACUGAUUUUCUUGAAUCUGUGGAGGAUCCGAAGGAGAGACAGAAUAGCGACGACGAUAAAACACCGACAGCAGAUGAGAGCAAAAUUGGUCCGAACGAAGAUCGAAAGGAACUCGACGGAACAACCCAGCAGCCUGAUCCGACAACCGACAGCCGAAGUUUGCAGUCGGGUGUAGAAAAAGAAAAAAUGACGAAAGAAGAAAAGCCAAGCGAUAUCUGUGAAGACCUGAACAAAAGUCAGACUUCUUCGGCAGACGUGAAGAAAAAUAAACAGAAAACAGAAAAGCAGGCAUCUCACGUGAAGGAAAACAAAUUCGAUCCAAAAACGGUGUACGUUAAGGAUAUUAAUGGAAAUUACGACUACUCCAAAUUUGCAAGGAAACAGCAUCCAUACCAGCGGAUGAACAAUCUCGCAAAUGGAGGUAAAGCCAAUGAAGCUAAAAAUUCGAACUUAAAGAAGCAGCAGAACAUUAAGCCCCAUCAAUUUAAUGCUCAAAAAACAUCUAAGGGUCAUUCAAACAAUAGCAAGUUUUAUGAUAGUAGAAAACUCGAUGGCAAGCAAAAGAAACAAUUGAAAACUGUAAAUGCUCCGGGUAUUGAAGGAAAAGUUCCAUCAGAAAUAAUAACUAACCCGGACCAGUCAAAAGCGACAGGUAAACAAUGCGAAUGUGAAAACCUGGAUAGCGGCAGAGAUCAAAAGUUUGUGCUUGGCGAUAACUGGGAAGCCGCUUUUUUCGAACCAGUAGAGGAACCAAAAAAAGAGAUAAGAGAAAUGGAAAUGUCAGGCAAUCAAUCGAAGCCAGAAGAGGUAGACACCAUUGAAGACGAGAAACCGCUCAGCUUGGAAGAAAGUGUUAUUAGUGACAAAAGCAAAGCUCCCCCUGCUGACAAUAACAAGAUAACAGAGAAACAGAAAUUAAAUCAGGUUGCUUCCUUAAAAAUUAAACCAGGAAAAACUGGAAUCGAAAAACCCCGGUCCGCAAAACUAAAUAGAAACAAAAGUAAAUUGAGUCAGCAGCAGAUGAUAAACCACGAUCUGGAGAAAAUAGAAAAAAAGCUAGAUCGAGAUACAAUUGGACUCAGUUCUUUGGCUGAUAUCGAGCCCAAAACAGAAAGUAUGACCGAAAAAUCUCUUCAGGAAGACAGCCAACAAAUCAAAACGGCAAAACCCCGCAAAAACAUUGGUUCAGAUCCAGGUGCAAAAAUUUUCACUAAAAAGCAAGAAGAAAAAGAGCGAAUGGUACUGAUUCACACCGAGAAGACCGGUACCCAAGUUUCUGAAACUCAAGGAACUACCAAAAAGGAGCAAAUCGAAGACACGAGUUUUGAAAAUCGCCAAAACAAUAAUUCAUCAAUUGACGAAUCGAAAUCUAAAACUGAAAAAACUAAGAAAACAGAUGACUUGAGCGUUGAGAAUAUUGAAGACGAAUUGUUAUCGUCAAAAUCCUACGAACCCUUAAAAGACCCAAAAACAAAUCGCAAAGUCGCUAAUAGAAUUCAAGCGAAUGGAAAGAAACCGGUACUCGCUGUUAAAAAAUCCACUAUGAACGGAAAAAAUGUUAAAAGCAAAAAAGACAAAAGUACCGGGAAAAUCAAAGAACUGGAUUUUAAAGAAGUGAAAAAAAGUAAACUAUUAAAUGAAGGUGAAAUUGAGGGCGGGAACAACAAAGACAUAAAUGAAGGGGCUGACGAAGCACUUAGAGAGGACGAAAAGAAAGGCGAGGAUAAUUCGGACCUGGAAGGGGAUCCAAACGACAACCCCAAUCUUGCCUCAACAAACGGCGAUACGAGACAACAGACUGCGAAAACUGAGACACUAAACGGCCAGUCUAUCGAUGAUUUGAUCGAAACUGUUCGAGAGAAAACAAAUGGCUCGGCUGUAGCUCUUACUCGGGAUCAAUCGAUUGUGAUUGGACAAAAACCAACUGGGGAAUCCGAGAGGAAGCAAUCACGUGGCAUUCCAGACAUGGCGAGGCAGGUUUAUGGUGGAUUCCACAACUACCAACCACCACCAGAGUCGGAUGAAAAUGAAGAUGAAGGAAGCCAGUUAAAUGGUUCAAAUGAAAGCGAAGUAUCAAAACAGAGAGAAAUUAAACGUGACAAAAAGAGGCUGAAUAAAAAAGGUUUAUCCAAAGGAGUCCCACAGUCUAGUAGAUAUGUAGACACCCGUUAUGUACAAGAUGUGAGUAAAAUAAGACUUGACGGAGAAAAGAAUGGCGACGAAAAACAAAAUGAAACAGAGAAAACCAACGUGGACGAUGAAAAAGAAACAGAUUCAACGAAAGAUGAAGAGGAAACAGGGAAAAAGGAGCAGGAGAAACCGAAGGUUGAUGAGUUCGGCCGACCAAUCAGAACGAAGUCUGCCAUUCUUCGGGCUAAAGAAGUGAUAGACAAUAAAGACUUGACCAAGUCGACUGAGAAUUUGUUAAAGGCGUUAUGCGAAGACGCAAUUGAAGAACUGCUCAAAAAUGCUGAAGCGGAAAAAGACAGCGAGUCCCAGUCUGGCCGCGGGAGUCCCGCAGAUACAAUUGAUUUGGUGGCUAAUGAAAACAAACACGACGAAGACAAGAUAAAACGGCUGAGACAGAAGAAAAAACAAGAAGAGUAUAUUCCUAAAAGAUUCACUUUUGCCACGUUUCGAAACUGUCCGUGUUCGCUGUGCACCCGAAAGAAGCCGAAAAAGAUGAAAUACUUGACAAACAAAUCUAAGCAGAAAACGAACAAAGCAGACAGCAUUAAGGAGGAGCUAGAGACUGGGGGAAAUGAGAGUGAAAAUGGGGAACAGCCUCAGCCUACUCUGGCUGAAGUAGCGGCCGAACAGUUACUUCAGUCGAGUGAAGCACAUAACAUUAAUGGACAAGAGCCGAUCGAGACAAAUGCUUCGGGUAUGGUAGUGCAACGCAUAAUAGAGAUGUCGGCGUCUCUUCCCAUGUCGCAGCUGUUGUGGCGAAUCACAGAUGUGAAGAAUAAGAUCAAGGCUGCCAGGAAUGAACAGACACUCACCAUCUACAGUCAGCAUUUCUACACUGCACCGCAUGGAUACAAAAUGCAGGUUGCCACUUGUCCUUAUGGAGGACGGGGAAAGCAGUUGUUUGGAAGGUACCUCCCUGUCUAUUUGUUCGUAUGCAGAGGUAAGUGGGACAACCUCCUGCCGUGGCCCUUCUCCGCCGAGAUCACAGUCACCCUUCUGGACCAGAACCCAGACGUCAGCCAGAGGGAGGACCGGGUGUUCUCCUUCACACCCGACGCCACCAACCCCGCCCUGGGCAAGUCUCUGAGUCAGCCGCGUAAGGCGUACAACAACUACUUCGGCUUGAACAAAUUCGUGCCCCUUCAGUUUCUCAGCCCCACCCAGUUCACCUAUGUCAGAGAUGACACCAUGUUCCUCCAGGUGUUUGUGAGGAACGACAAGAUGCUGGUGAUAUGAAACAGUUGCAACGAACACUUUUUAGUCGCUAAAAAUAUGUGAAUAUACGCCAAUUUUUUGUUUCGUUCAGCAAAAAAUGUUUGUGAUCGUUUAAGAUGAUUUGAAAAAUUUUCGAACUUACUAUUGACUGAAAAACUUGAAU